AGAACGAAACAAUCUUGAUUGAAGUAUUUGAGUUUGCUUAUUUAGAAAGCAGUGAUAAAGUAGUUAUCUGUGCAUCUUCUGAUUAUUAUAGACAAGCAGUUUUUUCAGACAUUUGUAUUAAAAUAGAUGAAUCAGAACAAGAUGAUUAUUUAACAGAUAAUGGCUU